UAACAAGUGUCGCAGUGACUAACCGGGGAAACAUGCGGGCUUUGGCACUGGCAGCGUUGCUCGCUCUGAUUCUGGUCCUCGCGGUACCUCGGGUCAGAGCACAGGAAGUGGUCAGGCUCUGUGGCCACGAAUUUUACCGGGCGCUCCUACACCAAUGUGGUGCCUCUCGCUGGAAGAGAGCGCCCAGGUCAGAGGCAGUUCUCAAAGCUCUGCUGGCACCAGGGGAUCAGAAGUCUCCGUUUACGGAAAACUCGGAUUUCAACAGCUUUCAAUAUUUGCCCGCAGACUUCAGCCAGAGAUCGGCAUCGUCCAGCGAGGAGGACUUGAGUUACAACCCAGAUCUGCUGAAAGCAACACUGGAGGCUUUCCUAAACCCAUCCCGCGCAAAGCGUUCAGAUAAUCCGAGCAAAAUCGCAGACCAUUGCUGUAAGAGGGGCUGCAGCAAAAAACAACUGAAUUCUAUUUGCUGAAGCACCAGAGAAGAGCAGCAUGAAAUCAGUGUCACACACAUACAAAAAAAAAACCCCUCCGGGGAUGUUUCUGUGUAUCAUGUGCUUAAAUGUGUUUCAAAAAUGCAAAAGUGAUACUUUUCAAUA